GACCCAUACGUCGGUAGUCCGCGACUGAUUAGCUUGAGCCCCCUGAGCAUGCCCCUGAGCCGCUUUGCCGGUGUUGAUAAUUGGUUUCCCGUCCCUGCCAAAAGCUCUUGGGCUGCUGCAUAUGAACGACACCAUGGCCGCGUCCUCACACCGGAUAAUGUUGGGGCCGCUGGUUGCUGCCAUCGACCAGGGAACGAGCUCCACUCGAUUUUUGGUGUUUAAUGCGAAGACAGCAGAGCUCCUCAGCCAUCAUCAGGUAGAAAUCAAACAGAGCUUCCCUAAAGAAGGAUGGGUGGAAGAAGACCCCAAAGAAAUUCUGCAGUCGGUGUUCGAGUGCAUGGAGCGGACUUGUGAAAAACUCACCCAGCUCAACAUAGACAUCUCAAACAUUAAAGCUAUUGGAGUGACCAACCAAAGAGAGACUACGCUCGUUUGGGACAAAGAGACAGGGGAGCCCCUCUACAAUGCAAUCGUUUGGCUGGACCUGCGGACUCAGUCAACAGUUGAACGUCUAAUUAACAAAACUCCAGGAAGGAAUAAGAACCACUUGAAGCAUAAAACGGGGCUCCCGAUCAGCACUUACUUUAGCGCCGUGAAACUUCGCUGGCUGAUGGACAACGUGGACGAGGUCCAUGAAGCCGUCGUGUCUCACCGCGCCAUGUUCGGCACCGUUGACUCCUGGCUUAUUUGGUGUUUGACAGGAGGCAAGUCAGGCGGAGUCCACUGCACAGAUGUGACCAACGCCAGCAGAACCAUGCUGUUUAACAUUCACACCUUGGAAUGGGACCCAGAACUAUGCAAAUAUUUUGGUAUUCCCAUGGAGAUCUUGCCCAGAGUGAGGAGUUCUUCAGAAAUCUAUGGUCUCAUGAAAAUAUGUUCUAGCCUGAAAUCUGGAGCUCUUUCAGGUAUCCCCAUUUCAGGGUGUCUUGGGGAUCAGUCGGCAGCUCUUGUUGGACAGAUGUGUUUUCAGGAUGGGCAGGCUAAAAACACGUAUGGAACUGGCUGCUUUCUCUUGCGAAACACUGGAGCUAAGCCUUUAAUGUCAGACCAUGGUCUUCUGACCACUGUGGCGUACAAACUUGGUCGGGACAAACCUGCCUGUUACGCACUAGAGGGCUCUGUGGCCAUUGCAGGAGCUGUGGUUCGUUGGCUGCAAGACAAUCUCGGGAUCAUCGGAUCAUCUGAAGAGCUCGAGAAGUUGGCCGCGUCAGUUGGUACAUCCUACGGCUGUUACUUUGUUCCUGCAUUCUCGGGUCUUUAUGCACCAUACUGGGAGCCCAGUGCCAGAGGGAUCAUUUGUGGGUUAACUCAGUUUACUAAUAAGAGCCACGUCGCAUUUGCUGCACUGGAAGCCGUGUGUUUCCAGACCCGAGAGAUUCUGGAUGCCAUGAAUCAGGACAGUGGCAUCCCGCUAACUCAGCUCCAGGUGGACGGAGGAAUGACGUCCAACAGGCUGCUGAUGCAGCUGCAGGCAGACAUUCUUUGUAUCCCUGUUGUGAAGCCGUCCAUGCCCGAGACCACUGCUCUCGGAGCAGCGAUGGCAGCGGGAGCAGCAGAGGGGGUGAGUGUGUGGAGUCUGAGCCCAGAGGACCUGAGUGAAGUCACCUCCGAGAAGUUCGAGCCUCAGAUCAACCCUGAAGAGAGCGAGUUUCGGUACGCUCGAUGGAAGAAGGCGGUUCAGAAAUCCAUGAACUGGGAGACGACAGAGCCCGUUGGUAAUGGAAACGGUGAAAGUAGUAUCUUCAGCAGCGUCCCCCUGGGCUUUUACAUCAUGGGCAGCAUGUUGAUGUUAAUUGGUGCAAAUUACCUCGCAGGCCAUGACUAGGCUCAGACUUCUGGAGGCAUUAAAGCAAAAAAGGGAAGUGGAAACAAACACUCUUCAUGCCGGACCACCGCUUGUACUCGGUUACUUGGUUGCACUUUUUUUUUUUUUUUUUUUUCUUCUCUUUGCCAAAAAGGCAUUCCAGGAGAAAGGCACUCCUGCUGAAGCUUACCGAAAAAACCAGGACAAGUUUGAACUGACUAAUGGGAUGGUUUUUCUGCAGCAGGCUUUAAUACAUUUUAGCAGGAGUGUGCAUGCAGUAUUUAAUUUUUCAUUAUGUCGAUAUGGUGUGAAUUUCUGCGCUAGAAACUACCAAUGGUAGUUUACAUUAUUGUAAUCUUUCCACAUUUGUAUGAAGUGAAGUGAAGCUCUCUAAUUUGCAUUACUUGUUUGUUUUGUUCUUCCCGACCCUCCACUAUGAGCUACAGGGGAUGUUUAAGAGCACUUUAGAUUUUUUUUUUUGUCUUGUGGGAGCUGUGUACUAACAGAGUCUAAUAUAUUAUUUUUCUAACAUUGGGGAUUAAGACACAGAAAGCUUUAGUUUGUAGUGAAAGGAAAAGAAGAGCGGAUUAAUGAACUGACAAGGUUGCUUUUUUGUGACGUUCUUUUCCAUACUAUCAUGUUUUUGAACUGUAAAAAUAUGUAUUAUGUAGAGGGAAAACAUGCAUUGAUGGGCAAUGAUGAAUCCGCAGCAGCAGCAGCUUUUUGGAUUAUAUGAAGACGUAAGAAUAUACAUAUAUUUGUAUAUUUCUCUGUGACACAUAAACAAUUCUCCCAAAGCUAGAACUAUGUAGAUCAUUAAAGGAGAAAGGAGAAGAAGUGAUUAUUUAUCAAGGAAGCUUUUUUGUUGUUGUUGCAUUCUAUCAUGGUUCAGAUUCAACUUUUGUCUUUAUAGAGUCAUGAUGAAAAUGGCAAAAACACUACUUUCCACAGAACUUGUACAAGUUUAUGUGAUCAUUUUUCAUAAUUUAUCAGGAGAAACCUUACACUGUAGCUGCUUUAGAUUUUAGCAUAAACAUGUUCCAAAAAAAAUUAACUUCCACGGCAUGCAAAAUGUUCAAAUGCAAACAUUUUAUAUGCACCCUUAAAGUUAACUCUAAAUGAAGAAGCUGUAUUGCACUGGACUGUUUGGCAUUUUUGUCUGAUUAAAUAAUUUUCAUUCAAAGGGAGAUUUAUAAAAACCAUAGAAACACAUUCUUAAACUAGUCCCCUUUGCUGUAAAGUCAUGGUUUGAAGAGUAAACUUUGAGGAAGUAGAAGUGAAUUAAAGGUCCCAUGGCAUGCAUAUUUCACAUUAUGAGGUUUUUUAAGAUUAAUAUGCGUUCCCCCAGCCUGCC